CUUGGUCAUUAACUAAGAGCGUAGUCUUGGUCAGCUUUAAAGAGGAGAUUGAAUUGCGUUAGUACAACUGUUCUGUUCAACAUGGUCGGAGACGCUUACGGUACGCGUUUUGAACGAUUGCUGCUCCCCGUCGUGAUCUUUGGGGUUUGUUUAUUGCCUUGCUUGUGCCAAAAGAAGUGUGAGUCUGUUACGAUACCUCUUUGCAUUGGUUUACCGUACAACACUACAAUAUUUCCAAACAUGUUAAAGCACAGAACACAAGAGGAAGCAGCUCUCGAAGUUCAUCAGUUUUUCCCACUGGUGAAAGUCGGCUGUUCGGAGGAUCUGGCCUUCUUCUUAUGUUCGGUUUAUGCCCCCAUUUGCACUCUUCUCGGUAUUCCAGUUCCACCAUGCCGUUCACUUUGUGACAGUGCGCGAGAUGGAUGCGAAGAUCUUAUGAAGAAAUUUGGUUUCACGUGGCCCGAGUCUUUGCGUUGCGAGAAGUUUCCAAAACUAGGCGAGGAUCUCUGUGUUGGAAAGAACACAACUGGUAGAAACGGUCAAGUAGUGCCUUCUAAGGAACAACCACAAGGACACAACUCGACGGAGGCUCCGAUCGACAUUAGUUUGGUGUCAUUCCGAUGUCCGGAGGAGCAAAAAAUUGAUAACGAUCACUACAUGUUCUUUGGCAAGAAGAACUGUGCAUCAAAGUGCGAAAACAUCUAUUUUGAUGAGAAGGAGCGAAAAAUUGCCCGUCUUUGGACUGGAAUAUGGGCGAUUCUCUGUUGCAUAUCAACUCUCUUUACAAUUUUAACGUUUAUUAUUGACAUGAGAAGAUUUCGGUACCCUGAAAGACCUAUUAUUUUUCUAUCGGGUUGUUACUUCAUGAUUUCUGUUUCCUACAUCAUUGGAUUCACUGCUGGGGACUCUUUAUCUUGCACGGAAUCUAAACAUGGUCAUUCCGUCCUUGUGCAAGGAACUAAACACGAAGGAUGCACAGUAAUUUUUAUGCUAUUAUAUUUCUUCAGCAUGGCAUCCUCAAUCUGGUGGGUUAUUCUAACACUCACUUGGUUUCUUGCGGCCGGACUAAAAUGGGGUCAAGAAGCUAUCGAGGCAAACGCACAAUUUUUCCACCUUGCAGCCUGGGCGAUUCCUGCCGUUAAAACAAUUGCGAUUUUAUUGAUGACCAAAGUUGAUGGCGACGAGCUAAGCGGAGUUUGCUUUGUUGGACUCUCAGAUUUAAAUGCGCUGAGGGUAUAUGUGUUGGCUCCCCUGUUCAUUUACUUUUUUGCUGGAGCUACAUUCCUGUUAGCCGGAUUUGUGUCGCUGUUUCGAGUGAGAUCAGUUUUAAAAGACGAUUACAGCAAGAGGGAGAAAAUCGAAAAAUUAAUGAUUCGUAUCGGAGUAUUUUCCAUUCUGUACACUUUGCCCGCGAUUUCAGUAAUAGGUUGUUUGUUCUAUGAGCAGGCAAAUCGUGAAAAGUGGGAGCAAUCAUGGCUUGAAGGCUGGAAGCAUCAACAAGCGUGCAUUGAUAACAUGAAAGACAUGGAUUGUCCCAAAUACCCGAUUGUUAAUGACAAACCGGAUUUCACCGUAUUUAUGGUCAAGUACUUGAUGUUCUUGAUCGUUGGAAUUACAUCAGGAUUUUGGAUAUGGUCGAGUAAGACCAUUAACGCCUGGAGAAGGUUUUAUCGUUCAGUAGCGCACAAUCUGUUCGGGCGAGGAGCGAAUACGCUCGUGUGAUUGUAACUUGGAAAGUUUUUAUUGUGAAAGUCUUAUAUCUGUAAGCAAGAAACGUGUAAAAUCUAUAUACUUGCUCGUAAGGUCAAUUUACGCCGCCGUGAGAAAGAACUCCUUUAUGGAACUUGCCGAAAGCGCGUGGCUAUACUGCAUAUCAGAUCGCGUGAUCGAAAAGUAAGCUUGCUAGUGUUUACUGCCUAUGUGGUGCUCUAUACCGGUUGUUGUUGAGCAACACCAAUUGGCUCAUGGAAAUGGUUAACUUUUUACCGCGCCUGGCUGAGCUUCGUUUGAGCAAACGAGCAUGGUUUGCGUUUUGUUGACUUGUGUCAUUAGCGAUUUAGAAUUAUACAAGUUGUAACGCACUUAAGCCCUUAUAUUGGAAUUGUUCUUUAAAUAGCCGACUUGCACCUCCUUCCUUUAAAUUCGUGUUAUAGAUAAGAAUGAUCGUCCUAAAUUUUGCGUUCUUCUGUGAAGUUGCUUCGAAACGAUUGUGUCAUUUUUUGUUUCCGUCGGAAUUGAAAACUACUGCACAUUCUUGAAGCUCACGUUUCAUCGGCUUAUCCUCUUCAGAUCAGACACGAAGCUGUUUAUGUGAACUGUAGUUGUCAUAACUGGGAUGAAGUUUCUAGAAAAGGAGUAAACAGAUUUAAUGCUAUUCCAGAUUACACAAAAGCAAUUUACUAUGGUUUUCACCCUUUUUGGAUGCUUAAGUUUGUUUGAUAUGAAUAAGAAUGUGUUGGUUUGAUUUAUGUCAGCUGGGAACUGCUGGACACUGUCAACACAUUUGAUCGCAUUAUUAGGGUAUAGCUGCAUUUUAGAGUGUGGCUGAUGUGUUUUCUAUUUAAGGCCACUUACUUAACUCAUUAAAUCCAAGGACUUCUGUGGGUUAACUGAUUUUGAAGUUUUAUGUUCAUUAUUUUAUUGAUAAAGACAAAGGUAUAGAGGACAAUGUUUGCUCUAUGUGUAUUUGACAAGAAGUAUGCCAUUAAAGUUACCAAACAGUUAUUGAAAGACAUUUAAAUUACUAGGUGUAACCAGAAAUAUGUGGACAAACUGGUAUUUGAGGCUUAGCUCAUAUCAACCUCUUAAUUGUAUUAGUUCUUGUACAAACAUUUCCAGGGAUGACCAAUUUUUUGUGUUAUUUGUCUUAAAUGAACCAUUUUCUGUCAAGCAUGAAUUUUGAAAAGUAGUUUGUAUUUGAAUUAAAUUGACUGAGUUUCCCAA